AUGGGUUCUUCAGAUUCAUUGUCAUUUCCUUCUGAGCCCCCAGAUGUUGCAAACUGGUUCUCGAGUUAUGCUUACGAGUCACCUGCAUUGGAUAGUGCCGAUGAUUUCAAAGAUUGGAGGUGUUCGGUAGUAGCAGAAACUGGAGAUGGAAAAAAGGGUAAGAGGAAGGAUUUUUCUGAAUUCCCGGCAACAAGAAAGAGGGGAGUUUCGCUUGAAAAGACUACAUUAAAUGAAGUUAUCACCUGGAAAAGCCUCAUGGGACCUGGCAACUGCUCUAGUGAGGUUCCGGAAAAUGCUGAUUCCCUCUCACAAUUUUCAGAGCCUCUGGAUGUUAAGAACUGGUUCUCUAGUUACGUGUAUGAAUCUCCAGCUCUAGAUACCUGCUGUGAGUUGAGGUCGCAGGAUGGAGACAAUCACGCUCCAAACUCCAUUACACAAAAGAAAGAGGAACCAAUUAACAUCACAAAAGUAAUUGAGCUGGGUGAUUUUGGAGUUCAGAACUUUUCUUCAGAUGAGCUCAACAGACAUACCAAUUCUCAUGGAGAGAGAAAAUCUCACCAGCACCAUUUUGUUAAGGAUAGCCAGAAGGGUCAUAGAAACAAAUACUUAGCUUUGCAAAUUCUAGACAAGGAAAAAUGUCCAGAAAAUGGUAUUGACUUUGGCAAAGAUGUUGAGAAAUCAAAUAGUAGUGGCAGUUCUCCUGGCAACUUCAAUACUAAGGUUGAGACGGAGCCUACCCACUUGUUAUUUGACGUCACACGCAUGUCAAGAAGCCAGGAGCAGACUUUACCUCGAAAAUUAUUUGAGCGUAGUGAUCCUACAAAUGAGAUCUUUAAGCCGGAGGCUUUUGCAGGAGGCAUGGACUCUAUAGGGCAUGCAGAAAAUUUGAACUUGAAAAUGGGUGAUAAAGGACCAUUAAAUAAGGUAGCUGGUGGACACACCAAUAAAGAAAACGAUGGAAAUGAGUGUGCAGAAUCUGGCUUCAUUUCGACUAGAAAGAGCAAACAAGCUGAAGGUGUGAAUUCUUUCAGAAAGCCAAUCGAGGAUAAAGUUGACCAUCCUACAAAGGAGAAUAAGGAGGUUACAGAUACAAGAAAGGUUCUGCUAGAAACCACCAACUUUCAGGUCCCGCAGGUGAUAGGAAUUACCGGGAAAUGGAAGUGUCCUCAAAAGAGCCAGCAAUGGCUGAAGAAGAAUUCAACUUCACUUCAAUUGCUCUCUCACCUCAAGCAAAACGCUUCUCAGCAGUGGCGAUUCCAGAGCAUUCGAACCCUUAUCUUGCAAUCGGCUUCUGAUUCCGUCAAGCUCCAAAAACUCUCAGACUCUGACUCUGGAAUUGUUGAAGUUAAUUUGGAUAGGCCCGCAGCUAAAAACGCCAUAAACAAGGAAAUGUUAUAUGGGUUGCAGGAUACUUUAGAGACUGUUUACAGGGAUCCUUCAGCUAAUGUUUUGAUGAUCUGCAGCUCUGUUCACAAAGCAUUUUGUGCUGGUGCCGAUUUGAAGGAAAGGAAGACAAUGACUGCAUCUGAAGUUCAGGAUUUUGUAAAUUCUUUGCGUUCAACAUUCUCGUUUUUGGAGGGGCUUCAUAUUCCCACAAUUGCUGUAGUGGAAGGUGCAGCAUUAGGUGGGGGCAUGGAGAUGGCACUAUCAUGUGACCUCCGUAUAUGUGGAGAGGAUGCACUCUUUGGCUUGCCAGAAACUGGUCUUGCUAUAAUACCUGGGGCAGGUGGAACUCAACGGCUUCCUAGAUUGGUUGGUAAAUCAAUUGCAAAAGACAUUAUAUUUUCUGGCCGGAGCAUUGGUGGUAGAGAUGCAGCCUCAAUAGGCCUUGUCAAUUACUGUGUUCCUGCUGGUGAAGCUCGCAUAAAGGCACUUGAAAUUGCACGAAACAUAAACCAGAAGGGUCCACUGGCGAUAAAGAUGGCAAAACAAGCUAUUGAUGGGGGCGUUGAGAGGGACCUGACUUCGGCUCUUUCGUGGGAGAUGGAUUGCUAUGAGAAGUUAUUGUAUACAAAAGAUCGUUUGGAAGGGCUGGCGGCAUUCGCCGAGAAAAGAAAGCCUGUAUAUAAGGGUGAAUAG